GUAGUUGAGAUCGGAAGUUUGUAGUAGAUAUUACACUAUUCUAGUCGUAUCAUGUGAUUUCAGUGAUUAGAUGAUAAUUUUAAAACAAAAAAAUGAUUUUCUCAAAGUACAAACAAUUAUUCAUGUAAUAUAGGAAUUCUACCUUCUAAUUUUUUUCAUUUUCAAUCGUAGAAUCGUGAAUGAAUGCUGUUUAUAGUGCCAAUAUCGCGAGUUAAUCAUGUUCCAUUUAAAUAGCAUAAUUAUUGCUUUCGUAAUUGUUUCAGUGCAAUACUCUUCACUGUUGAUAACGGAAGGAUUACUGCUGACAGUAAAUCAAGGAAUGCUAAAUGGAACUUAUGCUAGAGCACGAAAUGGGACAUUAUUCAAUGCAUUCUACGGCAUACCUUUCGCCAAACCUCCAAUAGGGGAGCUCAGAUUGAAGGCUCCUGUGGCCGCAGAUCCCUGGAAUGGAAUUUUCGACGCAACUCGAACCCCUGUCGGAUGUUUGGAAUUGGCAGAUGACGGGAAUGGCACCAAAGGCGACGAAGAUUGCCUCAAUUUAAACGUGUAUACGCCUUUGGGUGCCCGAAAAGGCGAUAAUUUACCUGUGCUUUUUUACAUUUAUGGAGGUUCCUUUAAAAUCAAUAAUAAUAUGGAUGAAGGACCAGAAUACAUGAUGACCAGGAACUUGAUCCUCGUGAUACCCAAUUACAGAGGUGGAUCACUGGGUUUUCUUAGCACUGGAGAUGCAGUAAUUCCAGGAAAUUUCGGCCUAAAAGAUCAGUUAUUGGCGUUGAAGUGGACUCGCGAGAAUAUCCAUAAUUUUGGAGGAAAUCCCGAUCACGUCACAAUUAAUGGUCAUAGCUCAGGAGCCGUUUGUACUCAUUUCCAUACGCUUUCCCCUGCAAGUAAAGGGCUAUUCCAGCAGGUUAUCAUGCAAAGUGCGUCGGCAUUUUGUUCUUUGGCGUAUUGGGGACCUGAUGUAUCACGAGCUAUUACCAAAGAAUUUGCUACGAAAACCGGAUGUCCCUCGACUGCUUCUUCGCAAGACAUGUACGAAUGUUUUAAAGACCUCAGAGCAGAUAUUUUCGUUACGUUACCAGAACAGAUGUAUGUUUGGUCUGCAUAUCCGGAUGGAAUCUUUAGGCCCACGAUCGAAGAUAAAAACGUGGAAGAUGCCUUUAUUACAGAUAUACCGCAACAUUUAUCGUAUCAUUCGCCAAAGUUACCAUGGAUGAUGGGAUUAACUACUGGAGAAGGCGCCGGAAUGACUUCAGAAUUAUUGGCCAACAACGGGAAACAAGCGACCGAAUUAAAUGAAUUUUAUAAAGUGUUGUUUCCGAUUAUGCUGCAAUACUUAUGGAAUACCAAAGUGGAACAACUGAAUAAUAUUUCUAAUGCAUUGAAAACGCGUUAUUUUGGUGGGAAAUAUAUUGGGACACAGACUCCUCACGAAUUGGUUCAAAUGAUAACUCAUGGAAAUUUCGGAUCUUGUGUCUUGGAAGCCAUUCAUUCAUAUCCAGGGCCAAAGUACGUGUACUGGUACGAUUAUGCGGCGCAAUAUUUGGCCCAAAAUGAGGUUGCGUUUUAUGAUGGUUUUUUAGGCGUUUCUCACAGCGACGAGGUUAAUUUGCUAUUCCGUACUCUGCCAUCAGCUAAUGUGCUCAACGAUCGAGAUAUCAUGUUUAGUGAAGAAUUAGUCAAAAGAUGGGUGAACUUUAUUCAAACAAGCAAUCCAAAUUUCCCAGAUAAAAUAAACGAAAAUUUGAUGGAGCACUGGAAGCCAGUAACCACUGACAGAAUAGAAUACCUAUUAAUCAACAUUAAUGGUACGAUGGGGACGGAUUUGUACCAUGAAACAUAUCCGUUUUGGAAGAGUCUUGGUAUUGGCAGUAAAUACUACUCGUAUGGAAGAUCAUAGACUGGGAAAUUUCUCACAGAUUAUUUUUAUAGGGAAGUUUAAGCGUAAAACCCGGGAACUUCGCACAAUAUCGGACAUUCCGGAUACCUACCUAAAUACACCUACUUACCUACUUUUGUUCAAAUACGAGUAAUACGUAGUAUAUAUACGUAUGUCUCAGGGUUGCUCGUUUUUCAACUGAGCCAAGCGAAAAAUUAUGAUGAAAUUUAUGUCAAUAAGAUGUUGGAAAAAUUUUAAAUUUUUUUAUCGACUUUUGAUUACCCCAUGCAGAGCUCAAAGUUUUGAAAAUUUUAAAAACUUUCUGAUAUUACUAAACUAUUAUACGUAAGUAGGUAAGUACCUAUUUUAAAGGUAAUCGAUAUUUUGAGAACUCCUGAACUUGAUGAAAAUGAACUUUGAACUUUUCUAGUAUGAAAAACGAUGAUACAAACAAGUUAGAAAUCGAAAUACACGUGUUCGAGUCAGGAGGGGAGUGUCAUACGUUGACCAAGAAUUUACCAUUUUUUGUACGUCUUACCAUUCAUUAUGUUGCCAGUGAUUUUUUUUCUAAACUUCAUCGAAAUUCGAAAAAAGUUGUGCUAGGUAUUACCCCUCCGAUUAUCCAUACUUAUCUACUUGUACUUGAGCAUUUUUUUCUCGAUGGAGAAUUUCCGUUAUGUAUCAUUUUUCUUUGUUGUUUUUGUUUUCGAAGUAAAUUGUAUGGUUUUUA